CGUGGCAUUCAUUGAGUUUUGCAACGGCAUGGCCCGGCACACUCGGACGGCGUCACACAGAACCAGCGAGUGAGGGAAGUGAAGGGAAAGCCCCACUCCUUCCUCUUUCAAAUGCGGGGCUUUCAUUCCUCCCUCCGGAGAUAGCAGAAUUUCACUCCAGGUAUGGUUUGUAUGUUCUGAUUCAGCAAUUCCUUCUUUGUCCUUCGUUGCUUUCUCCAAUCGGCUAGGAUCGACUGAUUCCCAAGACCGAUUGCAGGUGGGUGAGAGAGAACUCAUGGUUGGAGAGAAGGUGAGAUGAGUAGCGUACUGUGUGAUUGGUGUGGGUGGGAUUGGAGAGAGAGAGAGAUGGGAAGGGUGGAAAUGGGGGAACGAUAGUUUGAUGAGGGCUUCGAUGAGAGGUGGGGAAGAGGUUUGGGAGAGAUGUUUUGUGUUUGAACUUGUUUUAGGUUUUGUGAGGUUGGGGGGUGUAGCAAGAGAGUUCUGGUGUUUGGGGGGGUUGGAAGAAAUUGGGUGGUAGAGUAGAGAGGGAUGUUGUUCACCGGGGAGCUGGACGAAGUUUUCCGUCUCCCCGCGGUAAAGACGGGGAGAUCCAGUAGUCCGUCGCAGCCUCGUUCUGGUGUGAGCAGUCCGCAUGGGGCUCCCGGACCGGGUAGCUCACCGGGACUGUCUGGAAGUCCUUCAUAUCGCGGUGUUGUCGGUGGGAACAACCGCGUUUUGUCCCCAGGGAAGUUUAUGCUGAAGAAAGGGCUUGAGCCGCGGCAGAUUAUUGAGAGGAGAGGCGAACAGCUCUCCAAUACCGACACCGCUGGCUCGCCUAGCUUUCGAAGGGCAGGCACCACCAUGUGGCCGGACCAGACCGCGACGACUUGCGAGGCAGAAAAGUCCAGUGGGCAGUGGAGAAGUCCUCGUUGUGGGGAGGAUCACCGCAGCGAGGGUGAACCCGGGGGUUUCUUUCACCAGCAUCAGAACCAGAGCGCUAGCAAUAGUCCAUUGUGUCCCGGCACCCCAAUCAGGCAGCAUUAUCCUCGAACAGCACCGUCUACCCCGCUGCAAGGGAUUUCUUCCCCAGAUGUGAAGAAAUGCAUUGCGCCCAUGUCGGAGCCUCGGUCUGUGCUUGACCUAACCAUCAGUCCGCAACAGCACCAGUUGCCCACUAUCCGAGCCACCCUGCCGCGCCGUUUUAGAGAGACGUUUCUCGAUCACAAUGUGGCUCCUGUAGCUGCGCCUAGCUUGAGCUCCUCCCCACGCGUGUUAAACUUUGAAAGCUGCGGUAGCGUAAGCCCAAUUAGUGGACCCUUUCCAAGCCAAUACGGCCCCAGCCUCGCCAAAACCACUACCUGGGCGCCAGAUCUUGCGACACAGGGCUAUCCGACUUCGAUCACUACACACAAGGUAGAGGAACUGUCCGUGUUGCCGACAUCACAGAACUACGUUCAGGCAACAACCUCUAGCUUGGAUGAAUGGGAGGCAGCCACCACUACCUCUACGCAACACAAUCUCCGGGCCAAGCAAUGGAUGGCAUCACUGAUGGAAGACCUGCGAAAUGGAGAUUAUUCCACUAGCGCUCAAGAGACCGAGGAAUGCACGACCCCUUUCACUCCGGGCGUCGAUUCCUGUUCACCUCAUUUUCUUGCUUUCCAGAGAGGCCACAGCUCUCCUUGUCCUAGCGAUUACACUGGUGACGACAAUCCCGGGGGCAGUGGGUUGGAAUAUUUGCAGGUGGAGAGCCCUGGUGGCACCCCCCGUGGGGGUGGUGAUGGCGAUGUCGAUGACACGCACAAUUCCCCUGCUGUGGUGGGCCAUGAGCUCGUCACCCUUCUAAUUGCGUGUGCUGAGGCUGUCUCCACUCAGAGCCUAAGCCUGGUGAAUCAUCUCUUGCCAAAGCUGGGUGAGCUUGCCUCUCCUCAAGGCACUGCCAUGCAGCGGGUGGCUGCAUAUUUCACGGAAGGAUUGGCUUGCCGGGUUGCCCACUUGUGGCCGCACAUCUACCAACCCCUUCCAAUUGAGUCUAGUCUCAACGAAGAGGAAUUGCAGACAGCGUUCCAUCUGCUCAACCACGUCGUGCCCUACACAAAAUUUGCCCAUUUCACUGCGAAUGACAUUAUCUUGCAGGGCUUUGAGGGCGCGGACCGUGUGCAUGUCAUCGAUUUCGAUGUAAAGCAGGGUCUCCAAUGGCCAGCGUUGUUUCAGAGCUUGGCCGUGCGGGAGUGCGGCCCGCCCUCGCAUAUCCGCAUUACCGGCAUUGGAGAAUGCAAGGAAGAUCUUCUGGAGACAGGUGAUCGGCUAGCAGAAUUCGCGGAAGAAUUUAACAUCCCAUUCACCUUCCACGCGGUUAUUGACAGGCUUGAGGAUGUGCGGUUAUGGAUGCUGCACGUGAAAGAGAACGAAGCAGUUGCUGUCAAUUGUAUCUCUCAGCUACAUCGGUUGCUCUAUGACUCUGGAGAAACCAUUGAGGGAUUCUUGAACCUGAUUGGGAGUACAAAACCUAAAGUGGUGGCUGUUGUUGAGCAGGAGGGGAGUCACAACAGUCCUCAGUUUGAAGGCAGAUUCUUGGAGUCGCUACAAUACUAUUCUGCUGUUUUUGAUUCUCUGGAAGCUAAUAUUUCAAGAGAAAGUAGCGCUCGUGUACAAGUGGAGCAGCUAUUUGCGCGUGAGAUUCGCAACAUUCUGUCAUGUGAGGGCACAGAUAGGAUGGAAAGGCACGAGAAUAUUUCCAGGUGGCGCUCAAUUAUGAGCCGAUCGGGCUUCGUCAAAGUCCCUCUUGAAGACAGUGCCUACACGCAGGCACUUAUUCUCCUACGCAUGUUUGAUUCGGAUGGGUACACACUAGCAGAGGAAAAUGGGGCCGUCACACUGGGCUGGAUGGAGCAACCCCUGCUCACUGCUUCGGCGUGGAAGCCUGACAAGGACUUCGUUCCCACAGGGACUAGCUUGGUCACCAAUGAAAAACAACGUGCUGUGUGAUGAUGACUUGGAAUGUCUCAGACUAGUACAAUGCAGCAGGAGGCUCUAAAGAUUGGAAGGCACUAGUCGACAUCACAUUGUUUCUUGUACAGCUGUGACAUGAGGAACUCGUGCUGAUUAUGCCUUAGCCCUGUCUUUGCAGGGGGAUUCAGUCACAUAGUUGCAAAUUGGGUUUGCAGUAUAAUUUUGAGAGCUUAGAGCUGGUCAACCCAUUUUCCGCUUUUUAUACUAUAGUGAUCAUCAGUAACGGAUUCUUCGAUAAACAGUCAACUUUCAAAGCAGUUGUAUAUCUCUACUCGACAUCACCGCUACUUCACUGAUAGUUCCUCAGAUUACUAUCAAUGAAUGGUCAAGAUUUUCUU